UUAGAAUUCAACCAAUAAUCCAUUAAUCAGACUUCUCACGUCACACAGUAUACUAGACUGGAAAGACCCUGUUUAUAUAAUUCAUAUUGUACAACCUAGAAGAAGUACCACUACCCGAUCCCUCACUAGUACCACCACCACUACCACAUAUACAAAUUUAUAAUUUAACAUGAGUGAAGAAGAUCCACUUUUGGCAGCCUUGAAUGAGGAUGCAGGCGAAUCAAUUGCCACCACAACGGCUCCUGCCGACCCUGAGAGAGAAAGAGCCUUGUCCAAGUUCAAGGAUAAGCUCAUUGAACAUCGUAAAUGGGACGCCCGUUUGAAGGACCUUCGUCUUUCCAUACGUGACUUGGACAAGAACUACGACAAGACAGAAAAUGAUAUCAAGGCCCUUCAAUCCGUGGGGCAGAUCAUUGGAGAAGUUCUCAAGCAAUUGGAUGAUGAAAGAUUCAUUGUAAAGGCUUCAAGCGGACCACGUUAUAUCGUCGGGUGCAGGAACACCAUCAAGAAGGAGAGUUUAAAGAAUGGAGUUAGAGUAUCAUUAGACAUGACCACAUUGACCAUAAUGAGAAUUUUACCCCGUGAAGUGGAUCCAUUGGUGUAUAACAUGACUACUUUCGAGCCAGGUGAAAUUUCUUUCAAUGGAGUUGGUGGAUUGACUGAACAGAUUAGAGAACUUCGUGAAGUAAUUGAAUUACCAUUAAAGAACCCAGAAUUGUUUACUAGAGUUGGAAUCAAGCCACCAAAGGGGGUGCUUUUAUACGGGCCACCGGGUACUGGUAAGACUUUAUUGGCCAAGGCUGUGGCUGCCACCAUCGGUGCCAACUUUAUCUUUUCUCCAGCCUCUGCCAUUGUAGACAAAUAUAUUGGUGAAUCAGCUAGAUUGAUUAGAGAAAUGUUUGCAUAUGCUAAGGAACAUGCUCCUUGUAUUAUUUUCAUGGAUGAAGUUGAUGCCAUUGGUGGACGUAGAUUCAGUGAAGGUACUUCUGCUGAUCGUGAAAUUCAAAGAACUUUGAUGGAAUUACUUAACCAAAUGGAUGGGUUCGAUACUUUGGGACAAACCAAGGUUAUCAUGGCCACCAAUAGACCGGACACUUUGGAUCCUGCUCUUUUAAGAGCCGGUAGAUUGGACAGAAAGAUUGAAAUCGGGUUACCUAAUGAAGCUGGAAGAUUGGAAAUCUUCAAGAUCCAUAGUUCCAAGGUUGCCAAGCAAGGAGAAUUCGAUUUCGAAGCAGCUGUCAAGAUGAGUGAUGGGUUCAAUGGUGCUGAUAUCAGAAAUGUCAUUACCGAAGCUGGAUUCUUUGCCAUUAGAGAAGAAAGAGAUUACAUUGUCCAAAAUGAUUUAAUGAAGGCUGUAAGAAAGGUUGCAGAUGUCAAGAAGUUGGAAGGUAAGUUGGACUACGAAAAGUUGUAGUGUAGAAUAUACAAAAGAAAAUAAAGAAUAAAUUAAGAAUGAUGUAGUAGAAGACAACAGUCUACGUUAUGC